GGAUGUUGACCGUCCCCUGCCGUGGUUGUCAUUGGGUCCGAGGACUGGCAUUAUUUCCUCCGGAGCGAUAUGUCGGGCGUACCAUAACAGGAAGCACAGCAGCAGUGAGCGGUCUGACCUCAGAGAAACACCAUGCUCCCAGCCAAGCUGACCAGCCGGUUUACUCUGAACGCCCUGAGAAGGAUUCACCAUGGACCUUGUUACCCCUGUCUUUACUCCCUGUCAAACUGCUCCCUUCACGUGGAAGGAGGGAGGGCUAGAGACGGUCUCCACUCAGAUCCCAGUGUGUUGAGAAGAGUGUUUUACAGCCAGAGUGCAAUCCGCCCAUCCCUCAGACUCCGUGAAGCUGUGCAGCACUAUGGGAGGAGAUCGUUCAGUUUAUCGGCUGCUACAAUUGUGAAUUCAGCACCAGCGCCUGUUCAGCCAUACCUCCGAUUGAUGAGGCUGGACAAACCUAUUGGGACAUGGUUGCUGUACCUCCCGUGUACAUGGAGCAUUGCUUUGGCUUCCGACCCCGGAUGUCUCCCACAUCUGGGCAUGCUCACCCUGUUUGGUACAGGGGCUCUGCUGAUGAGAGGAGCGGGCUGCACUAUCAAUGACAUGUGGGAUAAAGACUUUGACAAAAAGGUGUCCAGGACAGCCACUCGACCCAUUGCGUCAGGAGAGAUUUCUCAGAUGCAGGCACUGGUCUUUCUAGGAGGGCAGCUCUCUCUGGCACUUGGUGUUCUCUUGUGUCUCAACUAUUACAGCAUAGCUUUGGGUGCUGCUUCAUUAUCUCUUGUCAUCACAUACCCUCUGAUGAAGAGGAUCACUUACUGGCCACAAUUUGUGUUGGGCCUCACUUUCAACUGGGGAGCGCUGCUCGGCUGGUCCGCUGUCAAGGGCUCAUGUGAUUGGUCCGUCUGCCUCCCGCUGUAUUUCUCAGGAGUGAUGUGGACGCUGAUAUAUGACACAAUAUAUGCACAUCAGGAUAAGGAAGACGACAUCAAGGUAGGAGUCAAAUCUACUGCACUGAGGUUCCAGGAGCAAACCAAACCUUGGCUAAGUGGCUUCACGGUGGCCAUGAUGACUGGACUGGUGGCAGCUGGGGUCAAUGCUGAACAGACUCUCCCAUACUAUGCUGUACUGUCCACAGUGGCCAUUCACCUAACACAUCAGAUUUACACCUUGGACACUAACAAACCGGAGGACUGCUGGAAGAAAUUUGUCUCAAACAGAAACCUCGGACUGUUGUUGUUUUUAGGCAUUGUUGCUGGCAAUUUGUGGAAAGAAAGAGAAGAGACUUUGCUGCAAAAUGAGGAAGCAUUCAGAUAAGUGCGAUAAUCUGUACAAUAUUUUAUUACACUUGCAGUACAUCAAACUCUACAACAUCUUUUGGGAAUUUCACCCUCAGCAAAGUUCUACGAGAAAACACAAUGAUGCACUAUAAGCUGUAUGAUUUAUUUUAACCCAUACAAUAAAGUUAUUGAUUUAUUUUGUCAUAAAACAUUUACAUUUAUGGAUUGAAAAAUUCACUUUCAUCUGGAAAUUAAAUACCUCCUGAUUCAUGCA